CUGGACUGAAACCUCUUUAAUUAGCAUUGACAUACAUACCUAAAAUGGCAGCAACCAAGGUAAGCCUGAAGCUUUUGAUCGAGAAAAAGAGCCAACGGGUGCUCUUUGCUGAAGCAGACAAGGAAUUUGUUGAUUUACUGUUUAGCAUUUUCACUCUGCCCGUCGGAACGGUCACUAGGCUCUUAGAAAAGCAAAACAUGGCAGGCUGCUUGCAUAGCCUGUACAAGAGCAUGGAGAAUCUGAGUGAUAGAUACUUUCAGCCAGACCAAGACAAGAACUUUCUGCUAAACCCAAAAGUAGCCAUUUCUGGUGCUACAGUCCCUCUACUCUUGCCAAGCGUUGAGCAGCCAUAUACAGCGAGUAAAAUUUAUAGGUGUGGCAACUACAACUGUACGUACGUGGCUAAUGACCCGAGAGCAAUUUGUCCUUCAUGCAGGAAUCAAAUGAACAAAGAGCAAACUUUCGUAGACCCGCCAAGCGAUAUCAAGGCAUCCUCUUCUAGUGAGGGAGGUUACGUGAAAGGGGUGAUCACUUACAUGGUGAUGGAUAAUCUGGAGGUGAAGCCCAUGUCAACCAUCUCUUCUAUCACUUUACUUACCAAGUUUAAUGUCAGGGACCUUGGGGCUGUUGAGGAGAAAGUCGUUGAUUUUGGAGUGGAUGAGGUUCUGAGUUUGCUCGAGGCUUCUUUUUAG